AUGCACAGCCUUCUUCCGCUCCUUCUCCUCGGCUGGUGGUGUCUCCGCCUCACCGCAACAACUAACGCCGACAACCUCAAGUUCUACAUCGGCACCGAGUGCUCGAAUAACAUGAACUACACGAGCGGCAGCGCGUUCCAGGCCAACCUCGACGCGAUCCUCUCCUCCCUCCCAGACGCCGCAGCCGCGUCCUCUGGGUUCGCCGAGAACACCACCGGCGCCGCCGCGCCGGACAAGGCGUACGGCCUCGCUCAGUGCCGUGGCGACGUUGGCGCGUCGGACUGCCGCUCCUGCCUCAACGACACGGCGCGUGAGAUGGCCAGCAAGUGCCCGGGCCAGAAGAACGCCAUGCUCAUCUACGAAGGCUGCAUGCUGCGCUACUCCAACGCCAGCUUCGACCCCUACACGUUCAACCUGAUCUUCCAGUGGGCGAACGACGAGAACGUGACGCAGCCGGAGCGGUUCAUGUCGCUGCUCGGCGUGCUGAUGAGCAACCUCGUCAGGGAGGCCGCCUACGGGUCCCCGCGCAGGUUCGCAGCCGGCGAGGUCCAGCAAACAAGUUUCGUGACGCUCUAUGGCUUGGCCCAGUGCACGCGGGACACAAGCGCGGCAAACUGCAAGCUGUGCCUCGCCAUUCUUGUCGAUAAGAUCCCCAAGUGCUGUAAUGGGAAGAAGGGCGGCCGGCUCUUCUCGCCGAUCUGCCAGCUCCGGUUCGAGAUUUACCCGUUCUACGACCCCCUGGCCGCCCAGGCGGCCAUGUCACCAGCGCCGGCGCCACGAAGUGGGCCAGUCAACGGCAGCGACCUUCCCGGCCCACAAAACACUGGUAAGUUGAACUACCACUACAGUGGCCGUGCCAGUGGACUGUGGACCCCAAAUUAUGCGUGUGGCUCUAGCGAAGUCCAGGACUGGCCCAGCUGGGCCCCGUCACUAUCGUUGGGCCCUCGCCAGCCAGCCCAUCAAUCAAAUGGUAGAAGUUGUAAUCCUAUUGACUCCGCAAGAGCGCACGCAGUCACGCACUGCCCCUGCUGGUGCGGUACCCUACCAGAUGGGCAGGUGAUUGCAGUGAAGAGACUCUCCAGAACUUCGAAACAAGGGCAUGUGGAGAUGAAGAACGAGGCUGUCCUAGUUGCAAAGCUCCAGCACAAGAACUUGGUGCGGCUUCUAGGCUGCUGCAUCGAGGAAGACGAGAAGCUCCUUAUCUAUGAGUUCCUCGUCAACAAGAGCCUCGACAAGAUCCUUUUUGGUGCUCACUUGACCAUAAUCCUUGCAUGUCAGGCCACUUGGUCCUUUUGUUUACUGAUGAGUGAACUCAACUUUCAGAUCCUAUAA